AUGGCCUGUUUGGCUCACUUCGUCCAACGUGUUGUGAUCGUUUUCGCCCUAAUUCAGACCGUCAUAUCGACCGGAGAGUUCCAGCUCAAAGUUGAGAGUCUAGACAUCGGCAAAGAUCUCAGCCGCAGGGAUAUUCUUGUCAUCAGAAUUUGCUGGAGCCAUUUCCAACGGGAAAUCGACGCUGAUAACAUCACGUGUACAUACGGAGAGUCGGUCAGCGCUCCGCUAUCGCUACCGUACGUAGCCGACUCGUUCAAAGUGUCGAUGCCCUUUGAUUUCGGAUGGCCUGGAACCUUCGCUCUCGUCGUCGAGGCAUGGCUCGAAUCGAAAGGACCCGCUCCCGCCAUGCGGUUGUCUUCGUCCCAAUUCCUCGCGAUCAGCCAGGAAUGGUCGAAGCCAGAGAUGCCGCAAUCUUCAGUGAAAAUCGCCUUCCGCGCGAUAUGCUCAACAAACUACUAUGGCGUAGCGUGCGAUCGUCUCUGUCGUCCCCGACACGACCGUUACGGCCACUACGAAUGCGACGAGCAAGGGAAUAAAGUCUGCUCUCGCGGAUGGGCUGGCGAAUAUUGUGAUAAACCCGUGUGUCGUCCAGGAUGCAAAGGGAUAUGCAGCAAACCGUUCGGCUGUGAUUGCCACUUUGGCUACGAGGGCGCUCUCUGCGAUCAGUGCAUCAGCUUCCCGGGAUGCAAACACGGCAGCUGCGAUCAGCCCUGGCAGUGCAACUGCAAGGAGGGCUGGGGCGGUAUGCUGUGCAACCGAGACCUCAACUUCUGCACCAACAAUUCCCCGUGCCGAAACGGAGGCAUCUGCCGGAAUUCGUGGGACGGCCGCUACAGUUGUCAAUGCCCGAUCGGUUUCGGCGGCAAGAACUGCGAGGAAGUGAUCAGUGGCUGCGCGGCGACGCCGUGCCGGAACGGCGGUCGCUGUGAGGAGUCCGCCAGCUCGUCCAACUCCACGAACGACUAUCGCUGCAGAUGUCCUCCAGGCUACUCCGGGGUUCACUGCGAGUUCGUCAAAGAGACCUGCGACAACAAGCGAUGCGAGAACGGAGCCACAUGCCUCAACACGAUUUCCGGUCCCCAAUGUAUCUGUCCGAAAGGCUACGAAGGCGCCAACUGUGAACACAAAAUCAAUCCAUGUGAUGGCAGCCCGUGUCUCCACAACGGUCGAUGCACGAACAAUGAAAAGUACUUCGAGGGUGCGCCGUUCAAGUGUACAUGCCCUGAGGGAUACUACGGUCACCGGUGCGAAAUCGUCGACCACUGCCAGAACAAUCCGUGCGCCAACGGAGCAACUUGUCAGAGUCACGGCGACUCAUACAAGUGCUUCUGUCGGAAGGGCUUCGCUGGGGCUAACUGCACCACGCGUGCCGAUCACUGUUUGCUCAACCCUUGCGCGAACGGAGGAACCUGCUACUCGGCCCAGAACGAUUUCGAGUGCACGUGCCCGCCGGGGUUCAGCGGCAAAGACUGCUCGGUGAACAUCGACGAGUGCGAAUCGAAUCCCUGUCAGAACGGUGGCCGCUGCACCGACCUGAUCGACGGCUACAAAUGCUCCUGCCAGCCGCCGUUCUCCGGUGUGAAUUGCGACUACAGUCUUUCGUACAAAUACGGGGCGUACGGAAGCAAAUUUAAGCACAUUCCCGACAUCGAUGUCGUCACAGCCGCUCAGAAGGCCACAAUCUUAAUCUUGGGAUUCCUCUUGCUACUGUGCAUUGCCCUCGGCGGGACCGCUUACUAUCGCAAGUACCGACACAUAAAUAACGUCACGGCGCGUCAGAACGAGAAGAACGCUCCGCGAACCAUGAUGAACAACUCGAUCUACCGGGGAACCGGAGGAGAUACGCUCUUCAGGAACUCACUGCGACCCGGCGAUGUCGGUUCGCUGAGAUACAGUAUGAAUCCCGCAACGAUGGCUGCCGACUCUUGCGGUGUCUUCGUACGACCUCAACCGAACCUUCCUUCACCGGGGAGCCGAGCCCCGGUCGACGACAUGAAGAAGAACAACGCCAAAGUAGCGGACACACACGUGUACGCAACGGUACGGGACUAUCCCGAUAACGACCCUCAGUUCGCGCGGUAUUCGAACGUCCGAAGCAGCGGGCUCUACUGCAGCAGCAAAGUUCUCAACACGCUCAGCCGGGAAGAGAACACCUACGAGAAUCUGAAGAAGGCCAACACGUCCUGUUCGGAUCUGAACGCUAGUUGCUCCGGUCUGAAGAACAACAACAUGAGCGUGAAGAGCAACAAAAACAACAGCAGCAUUAGUGGUAGUAGUGCUUGUAGCAGCUCUAGCAGUAAUACAAAGAACAACAACAACAACAACAAAGGCGCUUCGAGUAGCAAACUCAACACGCAAGUGUGAAACUCUCGAGCGAUGUUUGUUGCUUCCGGAGAGGGGAACUGUUUUGCAAUUGUUGUUGUUCGUUGAAUUUGU